AAUAUCGAAAGACUGCAUCCAACAUCAAGCUCGUUUCCUUUCCUUUACAUAUCUACUAUGGCUGCAAAAUUCGUUUCCCGAAUUUCCGGGACCAGCGCCGUGCUCGAGAGAGCUUCCUGGUCGGCUUUUCGGCAAUCCCAAACCAGUACAAUCAGACCGACCGCCGCCAACCUAGCGGACUUCGUGCACUUCGUUAUCCCCACACCAUUCAUAAUGGAUGGCGAUAACAUGAAGUCAAUGGAAGCCCAGGUUCGUUUUGUAACUGGUAGUGGUGCAAGAGUUACGCGUAUCCUGGUCUUCGAUGGCGAGACCCAGCGGUAUGCUCAAACUUUUGAUCCGGGUUUGCAACACCAAAAUAUGAGGGUCCGUGAUAUCAACAUCCAAGGUGACCCUCGUGUUACGAAUUCACUCGUCAUCUCACUGCGGGUGGUCUUUUCGGGGACUGGGCCGGAUGACUUCAUCAGAUUUAGUUGGGCUGCAAUCCAUUUUGACAAUGUGUAAGGCUGCUAUUUGGCUGAUUCAUGUCGUGGGUUAUCAUAUGAGUAAGUCCCCUUCCUAUAAUGGAAGAAGCCCUAGCGCUUAUGGGAGCCAGGUUUGUGGUGAUUGAGUGGAAGGCUGUGACCUUGUUUUCAUCACAAUUAUCGAGCCAGACAAGUGCCCGCUGUGCUAUAAUAUCGAUAAGAAGAAGCGGCGACUGGAAAAAAUGGCGGCGGACAUUGACGGAUGGUAUAGGGAAGGCAAUCGAACAGCCACAAUAGGAAGGACGCUGUCUGAUCGAGGGGCCGUGAAAGCUGAAAAGGCAAACAUGGACCGAUGUCACCAUUUGAGGGUGACCUGUCAGGAUCUGGAACCAAGACGAAGAAACACAGGCAUAUAACUAUCAUGAAUUAUCACGAGUUGAAUGGCU